AUGGUAUCCACAUCCUGGAAUCCCCAAGCAGGGGCUGAACUCAAGUUCAAAAAUGCCCUCCAGAGCAUCAAGGGGCUGACUCAGAAAGCUACUGAGCUCGCUCCUGGGUCCAAUCCCACCAAGGAGAAAGAGUUCCUACUUAAUGCUAGAGAUAUCCAAGCCUAUCUAAGCGCUGCCAUUGCACUUCCUGCGACCGAGAGCGACUUUUCUCGUACAUUCAUCUCGAAAUCCUCGUCUGGAAAAAUUGAUGAUAUCGACGAUGGUGUAGUUCCGUUCCUGCAGAAAACGACAAAAGAAGUACAGAACAGAUGUCUAAAGUUUCGUGAUAGCGACUUGAGCGAAAUGGUCAACGUCGCAAGCGAUGUAAAGGCAUUUGCCUUGCAAGCCCAAAAGUACCUUAGUGAAAGUGGUAGGAUCAGUAUCAAAGCAAAACUGAAAAUCAUCUAUGAUCCGACAUACAAAGACGGCACCUCUGAUGACAAGAUGAAAGAUGCAAUUGCAUCAAUUAAAAUUGUCCUCGACAGUUUAGCCACAAACUCCAGGCUGAAGGAAGAGAGAAUUGGCAAGUCUGUAAAAAAGAUAGAAACAUUUCUACUAGGUACCAGAGGCGAUCACACCAACGUGCAGUUUAUUCAACAACUGUUUUGGACUGGCCCCGUUGUUAAUGUUACAACCAAGAAGGAAAUCAAAGAUCAUCACGGCAUAAAGGUCGAAAGCUACUCCAAGUACCUCGAUGCUGAGUACACUCGAAUCUCUCAGGUUGUACAACAGAAAAUCAAAGAUAAGGAGGAAGAGUUGCGUGAUGAAAGGUUAAAACUUGGGCUUUGGAUUGGCGUUGGGUGGGUCGUGUUUCCAAUUUGGGGACUAGUUCUUCCUGCUACGAUUGCCACCCAAGUCGAUAUCGCCAAGGAACUUGAUGACCUAAUGAGGCAAAGCAAAUCUGCCUCUAAGGAGGCUGCAGAGAUACAGAACCUAAUCGGAACGACCGCCACGAUGGAAAAACAAUUCAGCCUUCUCCUAAAGGGUAUGGAGAAGGCACUAGCAGCUCUUAAAGAGCUGCAGACCAUGUUCGACAGCCAAGCUCAUUCAUUCGAUGCGGCUGCCACGUCGUGCACUGACGCCUUGGAUGCUCUCGACAAGUCAUGGGCCACACGCAAGGAAUGGCUCGAGGAAUGGGUUGACACUACGACCGAGGAAUGGCAACAUAUUGCAGAAGCUAUCCAAAAGUUCAUGGAUUACAAAGACAUAACAAUUGCCCCGGCCUGA